AUGGUUGUCAGGGUACAGGGUGGCGGCCGGGCAAGCCACGGGGGAGCGGGACGGUCGCCGGCCGGUUCACGCGCGCCGCGGGCACAUCGCACCGCGCGCACACGCGUCCCGCACGCGGCAGCAGCGGCACAUGAAAGUCAAAACGCGAGCACCGAUUUAGCCGGCGCUCGGGACGCGGUCGCGGCGGGGCCCGCUCGUGCUGCUGCCGGCGCGGCUUCCACCUCGGGGGAGUUCGGA